UCUGCCGCGGCCAGCCAGGCAGAGAAAGCCGAGUGGGGAGCAAGUUUGGCUCCUGCGCGAUUCCGCGAGGGGCUUUGGAACACUGGCUGUGCGGGGAAGGAAGAGGCGACCAUCAUGCCUGGCAGCGACACCGCCCUGGCUGUGGACAGGACUUACUCGGACCCAGAGAGGCACCGGCGCCUCAAGACCCGGGUGGAGAGACAUGACAUGAAUACUCUCAGCUUGCCUCUUAAUAUUCGCCGGGGAGGUUCGGACACCAACCUCAACUUUGAUGUACCUGAUGGUGUGUUUGAGUUUCACAAAGUAAAACUCAGUGCAGACAGUUUGAAACAAAAGAUUUUGAAAGUUACAGAGCAGAUCAAAAUAGAACAAACAGCUCGGGAUGGGAAUGUUGCAGAGUACUUGAAACUGGUGAACAGUGCAGACAAGCAGCAAGCUGGCCGAAUUAAACAAGUCUUCGAAAAGAAGAACCAAAAGUCUGCCCAUUCCAUAGCCCAGUUGCAGAAGAAAUUGGAACAGUAUCAUAAAAAACUUAAGGACAUUGAACAAAAUGGUUCCUCCAAAAGUACCAAGGAGACAUCCAAAGACAGUUUGAAGGAAAUCCAACAGUCUCUAAAGGAUGCCCAUGGUAAACCUAGAAGUACAGGCCAUAGCAAUGAGAGCGGCAAAACAGGUGUUCCAGGUGUUUCCUUGACACCGCCAGUGUUUGUUUUCAGUAAAUCCAGAGAGUUUGCAAACCUGAUCCGGAACAAGUUUGGUAGUGCUGACAAUAUUGCUCAUCUAAAGAGCAGCUUGGAUGACUUCAGACCAGAAACUACUUCUAGAGCCUAUGGUGGCAGUGCUACCACAGUGGCCAAGCCAAAAUACACCAGUGAUGAUGAGUGCUCAAGUGGAACAUCUGGUUCUGCAGACAGUAAUGGAAACCAAUCCUUUGGCCAUGGAGGGAUAAAUGCUCUGGACAGUCAUGGAAAGCUUUCUAUGCUCUUGGAAGACCUGCGAGAAAUAAAGGAAGCACAAUCCCAAUUAGCAGAAGAUAUUGAGAGUUUAAAAGUCCAGUUCAAAAGAGAAUAUGGAUUUAUUUCUCAAACACUGCAGGAGGAAAGAUACAGGUAUGAGCGAUUAGAAGACCAGCUGAAUGAUCUAACUGACCUCCAUCAGCAUGAGACAGCCAACUUGAAACAAGAACUAGCGAGUAUUGAAGAAAAAGUAGCAUAUCAGGCCUAUGAACGAUCACGAGAUGUUCAGGAAGCUUUGGAAUCUUGCCAGACACGGGUUUCUAAGCUGGAGCUUCAUCAGCAAGAACAACAAGCGCUGCAAUCAGAAACUGUUAAUGCCAAAGUUCUACUGGGGAAAUGUAUAAAUGUAGUCUUGGCCUUCAUGACUGUCAUCCUAGUGUGUGUCUCCACCAUAGCAAAGUUUGUAGCUCCCAUGAUGAGAAGCCGUUUCCAUAUUAUUUGCACCUUUUUUGCAGUAACUCUUCUUGCAAUUUUAUGCAAAAACUGGGAUCACGUUGUCUGUGCCAUAGAAAAGAUGAUCAUACCAAGAUGAAUCCACUACACCGGAGCCUUUCUAGUUUUAAGAGAAGAAAUACUUCUAAACAAACUACCAAAUCUUUAAAUUUGCAGUUUAACUGCACAGACUAGAUGAAGACUUAUUUUACUACUUGGUAUAAAUAAUGUUAAGACUGAUAACACCUAGCAGUGCUUUCACCUGAUCAGUCAUAUUGUAUGGAAUGAGGUGAAUCUGUCAUGAACUUGUGUAAAUCUUUUUGCCUUAAUCCAAUCAACUUUUUACACCACCGAUCUCCUAAUGAUCAAGUCUUGAAUACAGUAUAUUGACUACCCUUGGGUUUAGGAGGGGUUUAAUAGAAAUAGGUAACUAACAACAACCCUAUGUGGGACACUGCGUUUUAAUAAAUGGGAAUCUACAUCAUCCUACCUUUAGAUAAAAACUACAUUUGCCCUUAUGAAGCAUAUGCAAAUGAUAAGCUGAGAUAUACACACCUAGAAGUGCUAGCCACAUUUCUUAUAUUUCCUGAUGUCCAACAUGCAAAAGUUAGAAACUGUGAUGGUGUUUAAUAACUCUCUUGCAUACUAUUGACACUGGCCCUUUGGAGAAUUUUUUUUUUGCCUUACAAAUUAGUUAAUAUUGCAUUCCACUCUGAUUUUGUUUCAUAAUCUUAAAAAAUAUAAAUAACUUUCCCAACUGUUGAUUGAAUGAGAACCUGUUAAGCAUGUGGUUCUUCCAAAGGUCCAAAUAUGGGUAUAGAUACUUUGGGGGCAAUUCUCAGUGGCCUAACAGGAAUUCUUUUUUGCCAGAAAUGUAAAUAGAUAAGAAAAGCUAUUUACAUUCCUUCAGAAGCUGUAGGCAGGGGUGGGCAACCUGCACCCCUCAGCCUAAUUUCAAGUUUUCUGUAUGUGAUUGGUUCAGACCUCUCACAAUCUGUUUCUUCCCUGGCAGCCUUCUGGGCAGGAUGAGGAUGAGAGGGAGGGAGAGUAGUCCCCGACAGAUUACCCUCAUGAAAAGGUGCCCUUCAACAGAAACAAGGUGGGCUACCCCUGCUGUAGAUGAUUUAUUGAUUGUCAAGUGGCUGCUGUUAUAACCAACAGCAAGAAGUAGUGUGCAGGGAGAAACAAAAUGGGUCAGACAGAACACUCUUCUGGGGCUGUUUUCAUUUUUCAUGUCCGACUCUAAACUUUCACCUAUUAAAAUGCACAUUUUUGUGCUCUUACUUUUGCCCUUCUCCGCUCUCUAAGCUUGGUACCCCUGCCAGUGCAUCCUCCUUUAAUCCUCCCUACCAACCUUUCUGUCCAGCUGUAUGAUGCUGAGCAAUGUUGCUCUCCUGCCAACUUCUAGCUAUAGCAAGGUAGUUUUAUCCAUUCCGUGUGUUUCAGCCUACAAUAACACCGCUAUCACUGUGAAGUUCGUAUUAAAAUAAAACUUCAUGUAACAAAAUCCUUGUAUUGAAUACAUUUCGCUGGGUGGUGAAAAGUGGGAGUUACAUUGUUGUUUCUAUUUUUCUCCCCUCCUUUUAAGGUGAAAGGACAGCUGCUUAUUUAACUUUUAGCACUGGUUGUGAAGACAUUAACUUUCGUUGAUUGAAUGCAAUGAAGCUUUGUACUGUAAUCCUGUUGCAGAUCUCCCAUAUACGUCAGUGGGGUGUGUGCAGAUGAAAUUCCUGUUGAGUUGUUCUCUUAAGGAACUUCCAGAUGAGGGCUUCUGCCUCUGAAUGUAGCUGUGCAGAAAGCUACCACUACACUAUUUCCAGUAUGUUAUAGUAAGGACCUUGUCCAUCAUGGAAGGAUCAGGCUAAGUGUUUGGUUAGCAAUCUGAGUGUUGGGAAACCAGUCUUGGCAGUGCUCACAAGAAUUUUGUUUUGAUGUACAGUGAAGGCUUAACAAAGGUGGUGCAGCCCUCCUGAGGAAAGCCCAGAGUCUGGAAAGCUCCCCUGAGGCUUGGCAUAAUUUCAGGAGCUAAUAUAUUACAAUAAGAGUGUUGUUGAUGAUGUAAAUAUUGGUAACUUAGCACUUUAAAAUUGUUUAAAAUCAAUAUGUGCAAUUUUUUCCCUUUUAGAAUAAUCAGAACUGGACUUCUUACCAUCAAUAUGUUGUUGUUACCAUCAAUAUCAGCUGAUUACAUGCAGCAUUGUUAACUACUUUAGAAAACAAGUAAAGACAAUGGAGGCAUAUGUUUUAAUAAUGUUUUUACAUUUAGUUAUUCGUUUUAUCCUGUAAAACUCUCUAGAACCUCUCUGUAAUUGUGAGGCACGAUGUAUAAGCCAAUCAACCAUUAAAGUAAUACUAAAUGUUUUGCAUGAGGAGCAAAGAACUUCAAAGUGUCUCAACAAGGAGGGGACUAGAUUGGCUGCCUCAAUCUAUGUUAUGUUUAGUAGUUUAGUCCUUUUAGGAUCUUGAGUUCAAACCUGAUUAUAUAUGUUCUCUAUAUGUUACUUAGGCAUUUGUUUUAAGGCCAGAUCUAUACCAAGCAGGAUAUGAUGCUUUGAAAACAGUUUGAAAACUGUAGAUUGAGUGUGUCCUGAGCCCCAACAGUUGUCACUACUGUUAUAAACUGUUUUAAAGUAGUAGUGUAGAUCCUGCCUCAAUCAUAACUUGCAUCUUAAUGAUUUUUUUUUGACAAUUGCUAAAUUGUUCUCAAAUCAGACUUUGCGUGAGCAACCAUUUGUCAUUGCAAGUUCACAGAGUGUGAACUGUCAUCUGAGGAUUAACAUGCGAAUUGAAUUUCUUUUUUCCAGCUCAUGCUCAUGAAGUCCCUUCUGGGUAAAGGUAUUUAUUUUCUCUGGACGUAUUUCUGAACUCACGCAUCCCUUCCCUUCAGAGGAUUUCCCUUGUUUUGAUUACUAGGCCUUGUGACGCAGCCUUUGAAUAUUUUGCUUUUCCUUUGGUUAAACAAGGCUUUCAUGUUUUUACUCAUAUGAAGAGUAUUGUAAGCAUUCACAAUAGGGAUGCUCCAGACCUUUAGCCAACAACUGUGCUCCAGAUUGAGAAACCUUUAACUGUAUACAUCUAUUUCCAUAAGGCAAUUUGCCGUUUUAAAAGCUAUUUUUCUAAACUGAUGAUGAUUCUUCUUAGAAAGUCCCCAAUUCUGACUCUAGAUUAAUAAAAAAAAAAUUAAAAAAGCAAGGAAGCUCCCUCAGGUGCAAUGCUAAUAUUUUUUUUUCCUAAUAGAUGACCCAUCUGUGAAUGAUAAUCUCUUGUUUACACUAUUUUACAUGUAUAGUACUGCAGGCUGGCCUAUCUGAAAUUUAAAUAAUUGGGGAAAUGUUUUAUAAAAUCUGGAAUCCACUUGUUAGUAGCUUUAAUCUUUUGAAAAAGAAAAAUCAAAGUUUAUACUGUUGCAUAUUUCUAACAAAAUAUGGUGCAAUCCUGCAAGUAUUUUUGCUGUAAAUCACCACUUUAGUGGGGCUUAUGUGUGAGUCUUUGACAAGCCCAAAUGAGAUAAAUGGAGCUUGUGCUGCAAUGCUUGAAGCUACAUAGAUGGCACACUCCAGUGAGAAUUUUUUUCUAUUCACAUACUCAUUUGAAUAAUUCCAAAAGCUUUCCCGGUGGAUGGAAAAUAAUAUGUCAGACCUGUCUCUCUGUUUUCUUGAAAUCUAUUUCCUCAUGUUGUGGGUUGUCAGCUCUACCCCAGUUCAGCAUCAAACAGCUAACUGAAAUCCACCAGCCUAUUUUUUGUUUGGGUUUUGAACCAAACCUCAGCAUCUUGUCAAACUGCAGAGCAGACAUAAUAUUCCAAAAAAUCUAUUAUGUCUUUAUUUGUUUCCAUGCUAUGGCUCAGAAGAAACUAACCUUCAAUAUUUCUCUGAAGUAACUUCGUAAACUGCCAGUAUUUCUGUGUCACAUGUAGCUUACUCAGUUGUUACUGCAAUGUAAUGCAAAUAAAUGAUUAGCUUGGGAUCUAAAUAAUGAAGCAGUAGAAGUCAGCAACGUCAAACAGAGGAAGCAUGCUAGUAGCAUUCAGAUUUGUAAGCAACCAAAAUCAUAUCACUAUAAGUAACUAUAUGUAUAACAAUGCUCUUGCCAGGUUGUGUGUAUAAAGACAACAUCACAGUACUUGCUGGGAUUACAUAGAUUUGGUCCAGGGAUUAAAUGAAGCUGCACAAACUUAGGUCAAAAUUUGCCACCACAGUUCCCAAAGGCCUAGGAUAGAAUCCCACUAAAGUCCUACUUAGAGUAGACCCAUAAACUAACUUGAGUAUCAUUAAUUUCAAUUGGUCCACUCUUAGGUAGGACUUUAGUUGCAUUCUACCCUUAGUCUCACCUUAAAAACCAUUAACUGCUGCGGCCCUGGCUUCAGUUAACUGUAGCCUUCCCCAGCAUACUGCCCUCCAGUUGUAUUGGACCGUAACUCCUACCAUCUCCAGCCAUCAUUGCCACUGAAGAUGGGAGUUGUGGUCCAACACAUCUGGAGGACACCAGGUUGGGGAAGUCUGGUUUAUUGCAAAGAGGACAUGUGCAUUUUUAGCAUGCAAUGUGAGUGUUCCACAUGUAGGGACAGUGAAUCUUGACAGCUGAGUAUGAGAAAGCCGCUGCAGGAGUAAAGGCCCUCAAAACAAUUGCUGGAUGCAGUGAGAAUUCUAUUCAUUACCAGGUUUCCAGCUUUGCAACUCAGGCAACGUCGAUGAAUAGGAAGUGGGAAUCCAAAUAGGAUUCAUGCAAGGUACAAUUUGUAAGCAGGAGUUGGGAACGGACAUACUGGCCUGUAAGAAGCAUAACAGCUGAAGAGGGAGAGGGCACUGUAAACCCAAACAUUUUUAAAAGAAGCAGUACCUUACAUCUUUUGGCUGCUUCUUGAGAAUCUUCAGCUACUUCAAAUAACUUGAAAUGUGUGGACAGCCCUUGAAGGGUAGCCAUAAUUUUGAUGGGCAGUUAUAUUGAUACCUAUGGAGUCCCCACCCCCACCCCCCAAAAUUAUUGGAAA